AUGAGCUAUAUUUCAUUCUUUUCUGAUCACUGGAUCAAAAAAGUGUUAUAUCCUUAUUGUAAAAUAUUAAAUAUUCUUCAACAAGAUAAAGCAAGAUUAUUUCAAGUUAUACAUGGUCUCGCAUAUCUUAUUCAAUUUUGGACUAAUUAUGAAGAUACUCAACUUUUUGAAAAAGAAUCUACCUGUAUUUUACGUGAAUUUGAUGACUUUCGUUUAGAAAAAUAUCCAUUUAAUUAUAAUAUAUAUAAGCAAUUUAAUGGAGAUAUUUGGGAAUAUUGGUAUUUCACAGAAACAUCUACAAAUGAAUUAGGCUUAGUUGCUUGUAGAUUAUUUGGAAUUUGUGUAAAUGCAGCUUCUGUGGAGCAUCUUUGGAGUUGUAUGGGUUUCUUACAGACAAAUCGACGAAAUCGUUUAAAGAAGCAUCGGAUUAAUUCUAGUACUUCUUCUACUUUAAUAACUCCACUUAAAAAUGAGUUUGGAGAUUAUUUACAAAAAUGGGCAGAAAUGUUAGAAGAAGAAGCUAACAAAAAUGAAGAAUAUGAAACAGAUGAGUUAGAUAUAUUUAUAGAAACUAAUAAAAUUACUCAUCCGGUAAUUGAUUCUGAUGCCAAAUGGAAAUUAAAAUCAAUUUUUAAAGAAUUAGAAUUUCCUUUUUAA